AUGGCCACACAGCUCGACCAGGUCAAGAGAGACCUUGUCGGAGGGUCCUCUGUAGGUCCAACCUCAAAGCCACCGCAAUGGCUGCACAAGCUUCUCGGCACAGUGCCAGGGCUGCCAGCGGACGCUGUCCCUCACAACCGUCCCAAACACGCUGAGCUUCAGGCGGCGAUAGCAGAAGCAGCGUACCAUCCCGCCAUCGAAGCUUGUCUUCAUCUGAUCAAUGGCGACUUGUACUCGGCCCACUUUCUGGUCCGAAAAGCCCAGGGUGGCAGCCGAUACCUCGACUGGCUACACGCCAUCCUGCACAAGCUGGAGGGAGACUUUCGAAACGCAAAGAUGUGGUACACCGAUCUUGGCAACAGCAAUGCAGGCGCUUCGGGCGGCGAGAGAGCGAGAAGCUCCGAAGAAUCCAAGGGGACAGCGGACGUCUUUCGCCGCUUUCACGCGUUCUGGCUCGUACCGGCGACGAACGGUGGAGCAGGCCAGAGGGAGAAGGGUGGAACCCUCGACUUGGAAAGCUUGAACGACCUGCCUCGACAGGUCCAGCUGACAGCGCAUGGUCACAUCGAUCUCGUCUUCCUUACGACGCUGGCACAGAAGGCGGCUACCUCGUCUGCUGUCGGAAGCGAUGCCGUCCAACGCGACAUCGAGAAGCACCACCGCUCGACCACCGAAGCCGAAGACAAGAUCAAAGCUUCACAGUCGGCGUUUGCGCUCGACGAGCUCCAGUCAUUGUUCGAGAAGCUAGUCGACUCCGAAAGCGCGCAAAAGGCUGUCAGAGGGGUUACGCAGCUCGAGCUCCUCUGGAUGCUUUCCGCGAUGGUAGAAGACUUUGGUUGGCGGCACUACGGCAUGGCGGAUGCGGUGGAAGCUCUGAAAGUGGAGUCGACGCCGGCGCACCAAAGUCUAGACGAUGACCGGAAGAGCAAAGCUUCGAACAUGGUCUUCAAUCCCAGUCAGGGUCAGAGGAUCUUCUGA